UCAUGGGGUUUGUCUGGCUGGAAAAACUGCAAUGUAGGGGAUGGGUAGGGUGACAAGGUUUGCACAUACGUCGAAGAAGUGUUCCCCGUGUGACAAGAUACAAACCUGCGACCUAUUCUAGUGUAUUUUCCUUCGCUUUUGUGUGUCAGUUUUUUUUAGCAAAGUUGCUAGUGACUAUUAUUGUCAGUUUUGUAUUGGAGAGGGUUAAAAUACUGUACGGAGAAACUUUCCAAAGGAGUGAGAUUCAAAACGAGACAGGUUUUAGGAGGUGUAUGUCAGGAUGGCCCAGUGGAACCAGUUACAGCAGCUGGAGACCAGGUAUCUGGAGCAACUCUACCAUCUGUACAGUGACAGCUUCCCCAUGGAGCUACGACAGUUCCUUGCCCCCUGGAUUGAGAGCCAGGACUGGGCUUACGCUGCCAAUAAGGAAUCUCACGCCACACUGGUUUUCCACAACCUCUUGGGAGAGAUAGACCAGCAGUAUAGCCGUUUCCUACAGGAGAACAAUGUACUCUACCAGCAUAACCUGCGCAGGAUCAAACAGCAUCUUCAGAGCAAGUACUUGGAGAAACCGAUGGAUAUUGCCCGCAUUGUUGCCCGCUGCUUGUGGGAGGAACAAAGGCUGCUGCAGACUGCCACCUCUGCUGCACAGGAUGGCCAGGCAGCCCAUCCCACUGGCACUGUGGUGACAGAGAAACAGCAGAUCCUGGAGCACAACCUUCAAGACAUCAGGAAGCGAGUGCAGGAUAUGGAACAGAAGAUGAAAAUGCUUGAGAACUUGCAAGAUGACUUUGAUUUCAAUUACAAGACAUUGAAAAGCCAAGGAGAGUUGUCCCAGGACCUAAAUGGGAAUAGUCAAGCAGCUGCUACCAGACAGAAGAUGGCUCAGCUGGAGCAGAUGCUCAGCGCCCUGGAUCAGCUCAGGAGGCAAAUUGUGACAGAGAUGGGAGGCUUGCUGACUGCCAUGGAUUAUGUACAGAAGAACCUGACAGAUGAAGAACUGGCAGACUGGAAGCGAAGACAACAAAUCGCCUGUAUUGGAGGUCCGCCUAACAUCUGCCUGGACCGGCUGGAAACAUGGAUCACAUCCUUGGCUGAGUCCCAGCUCCAGAUUCGUCAGCAGAUCAAGAAGCUGGAGGAGCUUCAACAGAAGGUGUCUUACAAAGGAGACCCCAUCAUCCAGCACCGGCCUGCCCUUGAGGAGAAGAUCGUGGACUUGUUCAGAAACCUCAUGAAGAGUGCUUUUGUGGUUGAAAGACAGCCUUGUAUGCCCAUGCAUCCAGACAGACCUCUGGUCAUCAAAACAGGAGUGCAGUUCACAAACAAAGUCAGGCUACUGGUGAAAUUUCCUGAACUCAAUUACCAGCUGAAAAUUAAAGUUUGCAUUGACAAGGAAUCUGGGGAUGUCGCUGCAAUUCGAGGGUCACGAAAGUUUAACAUCCUUGGCACCAACACAAAAGUUAUGAAUAUGGAGGAGUCAAACAAUGGUAGCCUGUCAGCAGAGUUUAAACACUUGACCCUGAGAGAACAGAGGUGUGGCAAUGGUGGCCGGACCAAUAGUGAUGCCUCUCUGAUUGUCACAGAAGAGCUCCAUCUUAUCACUUUUGAGACAGAAGUCUAUCACCAAGGCUUGAAGAUCGAUCUGGAGACUCAUUCACUGCCUGUGGUAGUCAUUUCAAACAUCUGCCAGAUGCCCAAUGCCUGGGCUUCCAUCCUGUGGUACAACAUGCUCACUAACCACCCAAAGAAUGUGAACUUCUUCACCAAGCCACCAGUGGGGACGUGGGACCAAGUGGCUGAGGUGCUAAGCUGGCAGUUCUCCUCCACCACCAAGAGAGGCCUGACCAUUGAACAGCUCACCACACUGGCUGAGAAAUUACUAGGGCCUUGUGUCAACUACUCUGGCUGUCAGAUCACCUGGGCCAAGUUCUGUAAAGAAAACAUGGCUGGCAAAGGUUUCUCCUUCUGGGUGUGGCUGGACAACAUUAUUGACCUGGUGAAGAAGUAUAUCCUGGCAUUGUGGAACGAAGGGUAUAUCAUGGGCUUUAUCAGUAAGGAGAGGGAGAGGGCCAUUCUUAGUCCAAAACCUCCCGGCACUUUUCUGCUGCGCUUCAGUGAGAGCAGCAAGGAAGGAGGCAUUACAUUUACAUGGGUAGAGAAAGACAUAAGUGGAAAGACCCAGAUCCAGUCAGUGGAGCCUUACACCAAGCAGCAGCUCAAUAGUAUGUCUUUUGCCGACAUCAUCAUGGGCUACAAGAUUAUGGAUGCCACCAAUAUCCUGGUUUCACCGCUCGUCUACCUCUACCCCGAGAUCCCCAAAGAGGAAGCUUUUGGAAAAUACUGCAGACCAGAAGCAGCUCCUGAACCUGAGAUGGGAGGAGACUCUACGAGCACUAUUCAGCCAUACUUAAAGACAAAGUUCAUCUGUGUUACCCCGUGUCCCUCCGUGUUCAUGGACUUGCCGGACAGUGAGCUGCUUGGGAACGGAUUCCCAGGAACAAACUCUGGAAACACCAGUGACCUGUUCCCAAUGUCACCUCGCACCCUUGAUUCCCUGAUGCACAACGAAGCAGAAGCUAAUCCAGGACAUUUGGAAUCACUCACUUUGGACAUGGAUGUAGCAUCGCCUAUGUGAAGAGAUUUUUCAAGUUUCUUUCUUUCGUAGAUUACUGUGUUUGGAUUUAAUUUUAUGUUGUGAUAGAGGAUUUGAUGAUGAUUUCCCUCUGCCACUGUACACACAGUCUGCCCUGUACAUUUGUACUUUUUUUCCCUGUUCUUGUGUAAAAUGCCUCGGUCCUACAAGACACAAAGUUCAAUGAUUUUGAUUUUAGAAAGACUUGCCACUCCUUUAGACUUUCUUAUAGUUUUAUGUUAUUAUUACUGUUAUUACUGUUGAUACUGACUUAUUGUAUUUCAAGCAGCAUCCUACUCUUAUCCAGUACUUCAUAGAUGUCUUUACAUACAGUACAUUUAAUUAUCUGAAAAUUUAUUUUUUUGAAAACAUUGUAUUUUUGUGUUAUUGACUUUUAAAACUGUUGAAAAAUGUAUGUGUUGUGCUUUUCUUUGCAUGAGAAAAAUGUAAAGAGAAUAAUUGUUAUAUAAGCUAUGCCGCUUUAAAAAUGUACUUUGACAGGUUUCGAUGCAUUUAAUGGUCUUUUUCAAUAUGUUAUUUUUAAAUCCCUGCCAAAUGUAAUAUCCCAUGUGUUCCCCAUUUUAAAUGGUUUCUGUUUCAUUUAUUAUUAUUUUUACACAAAAUGGAGUAUUUCUUACUCACAGCCACACAUGAAGCAGAGAGAAGAACAGACAACAGAACUCUGGUAAAAAAAAUUUAUCACAGUAUUGUGAGCAAUCACGAGAUAACCUGUCAAAGUGGUGCUCUUAAAAUAUUUUUGUCAAUCCCCCCUAAAUACUGUAAUUUGUGAUUACAUGCAUUGCACUUACUUUUGAAAUUCGCUGUUUUAAUCUUUUUUUCUUGUGCCUGAAUUUACCUGAUAUGAUCUGAAAUGUGAUGUAAAUCAUUUUCAUGACAGUUUAAUUUAGGACUGACUUGUUAUUGAAAAUAACCAUGGAUGUGAACGAAUAUUUCACUCUAACAGAGUGUACAGAAUAAGGUGUGUAGUAGUUGACUUUUAAACUUUCAUACUGUUGAUUAAACCCCGUCAGUUUAGUUAAACCACACAUUGCCUGCCAUGCCAUGAAAUUCUCUUCUGUGAUGUCAUGUCAAAGAGGGUUUCUGUAAAAUAUGCUGUAAGUAUUCAUUAUUUGACAGAAGGCAAUAAAAACAAGUUAGCACUAAAA